UCAUGGGUCAUCACCCUUCACGGGUCGGGUUAACACCACCCACCCAAAUAUGUAUAGACACAGAGAAACUAGAGAGAGAAAGCUAGAGAGUUUAGGUGCCAUUUUUGGGUGAAAAUGGAAGACAGUAAUGAAGAAUGGGUGAUGGUCAAACCAAUUUCAGAUAAAGAUCUAUGGAAUCCAUCGUCAUUUUCCAAUGAACCAGACAAGAAAGCUUUGAAGGUUAGGUUCAAUGGGGCAGCUAAGCACUGGACUGAUGCUCUUCCCAUCGGGAAUGGCCGCCUUGGUGCUAUGGUUUGGGGUGGCAUUUCCUCUGAAACCAUCAAUCUCAAUGAUGAUACGCUGUGGACAGGGGUUCCUGGGAACUACACGAACCCAGAUGCCCCUGAAGCAUUAUCAGAGGUCAGAAAGCUUGUGGAUGAUGGCAAAUAUGCUGAAGCUACUACAGAAGCUGUCAAAUUAUCAGGAAAACCAUCUGAUGUAUAUCAACUUUUGGGAGAUAUCAACCUAGAAUUUGAUCAUGAUCUUGCUGCAUACGAUGAUAAAACGUAUGAAAGAGAGUUGGACUUAGAUUCAGCCACGGUGGAAGUCAAAUACUCCGUGGGUGAAAUAGAAUUCACAAGGGAACAUUUUGCUUCAUAUCCUGAUCAAGUGAUUGUGGCCAAGAUUUCUGGAAGCAAAUCUGGUUCUUUAUCCUUCACUGCAUCCCUUAGCAGCAAGCUACAAUAUAAUUCUUACGUAAACGAUCAAAAACAGAUCAUUAUAGAAGGACCAUGCCCUGGUCAAAGGAAACCACCGACACUUAAUGCUGAAAACGACGAUAAGCCCAAGGGAAUACAAUUUUCCGCAAUUCUUGAUUUGCAAAUUAGUGAUGGCACGGGAACCAUAAGUGUUUUGGAGGAGAAGAAGCUUAAGGUCGAGGGGUGUGAUUGGGCCGUCUUGCUUUUGGUAGCGUCAUCUUCAUUCAAAGGGCCAUUUAUCAACCCUUCGGAUUCAAAGAUUGAUCCUACCUCUGAGUGUUUAAACACGUUGAAGUCGUUAAGGAACUUUUCGUAUUCAGAACUUUAUGCUCGUCACGUGGAUGAUUAUCAGAAGCUAUUUCAUCGUGUCUCACUUGAACUUUCGAAAAGCUCGGUUAGUGUCACGGGUGAUGAACCAUCUUUAACUGUCACAACGGCAGAGAGGGUCAAGUCUUUUAAAACGGAUGAAGAUCCUUCUUUGAUCGAACUUUUAUUCCAAUACGGACGUUAUUUGCUGAUAUCGUGUUCACGCCCUGGAACCCAACCGGCUAACUUGCAGGGUAUAUGGAAUGAUAAAGUUGAGCCCCCAUGGGACGGUGCUCCUCAUCUGAACAUCAAUCUCCAAAUGAACUAUUGGCCUUCUCUUUCGUGCAACCUGCACGAGUGCCAAGAGCCAUUAUUCGACUACAUUUCAUCUCUGUCCGUCAAUGGAGCUAAAACGGCUAAAGUAAACUAUGAGGCCAGUGGAUGGGUUACACAUCAAGUCUCUGAUAUCUGGGCCAAAACAUCCCCAGAUCGAGGCGAAGCUGUGUGGGCUUUAUGGCCGAUGGGAGGAGCGUGGCUUUGUACCCAUUUAUGGGAGCAUUAUACGUAUACAAUGAACAAAGACUUCCUAGCGAAGAAAGCAUAUCCAUUGCUAGAAGGAUGCACCUCAUUCCUUUUGGACUGGUUGAUUGAAGGCCGAGGAGGUUAUCUUGAAACAAAUCCGUCAACGUCUCCGGAACAUAUGUUUGUUGCUCCCGAUGGUAAGCCUGCAAGCGUCAGCUAUUCAACAACAAUGGACAUAUCAAUAAUAAAAGAAGUGUUCACGGCCAUCGUUUCUGCUGCGGAGGUUUUGGGAAAAACUACAAGUGAUCUGAUUCAACGAGUUCUUAAAGCUCAACCACGGCUUCCGCCAACAAAGAUCGCUAGGGAUGGUUCCAUUCUUGAAUGGGCACAAGAUUUCGAAGAUCCAGAGGUGCAUCACCGACAUGUCUCGCACCUAUUUGGACUUUUCCCAGGGCAUACGAUAACCGUUGAGAAAACUCCGGAUCUUUGUAAAGCUGCAGACUACACUCUUACUAAGAGAGGAGAGGAGGGUCCUGGAUGGUCGACUACAUGGAAAGCUGCUUUGUGGGCUCGGCUUCACAACAGCGAGCAUGCAUACCGAAUGGUCAAACAUUUAUUUGACUUGGUUGACCCCGAUCGCGAAAGUGAUUAUGAGGGAGGUCUGUAUAGUAAUCUAUUCACCGCGCACCCCCCUUUCCAAAUUGAUGCCAACUUUGGGUUUUGUGCAGCGAUAGCAGAAAUGCUGGUGCAGAGCACGAUGAAGGACUUGUACUUGCUUCCUGCACUUCCUCGUGAUAAAUGGUCAAAUGGUUCGGUGAAAGGAUUGAAGGCUCGUGGGAAUAUGAAAGUUAGUAUCUUGUGGAAGGAAGGCGGUCUUCAUGAAUUUGGUCUCUGGUUAUCUACGAACUCCGACUUAAAGAACUCAGAGGAGCAGCAGAAUUCUACAAGAGUGCACUACAGAGGAAGUAGCAUCACAACCAAAUUAUCAUCUGGGAAAGUAUACACAUUCAAUAAGCAGCUAAGAUGCAUAAAGACAGCAUCUUUGUUGGAUUUAUCAUUCCAUCUUUAGCUUCCAAGUUCAUACCAAGGAUUCGAGAUUCGAUUUUGAUGAGAAUUGUGUUUUUGGCCGGAAAAUAUGCAUAAUUUAGUGUCGUUUUCGUUGAUCUAAGUUUUUCAGACACGAAAAUGUUGAAACCCGCAAAGACGACUUGGAAGGAAUCAAUAACAGAACUUCAUGGGAUUGUUGCUGGUUCUUGCAAAUUAACACUUGGAUUAACGUUGAUGUAUCGAUAAAAUAUUGUGGUGUUGUUUCACAUUGUGAAAUGACGCAUGAGUUUAAUGGUGAAGUGUUGUUUUACACCGUGAAAUAAUACAGUGUCACCGAUGUGAACGAUGUAGAGUUACAUACUCUGA